AUGCAUGCCAUGAGGCAAAUUUGGAUACCUGAGGUGCCCAUGCUUGUUCCAUUUGAUAAGCACUUUCUUGAGGCUUCGUCAACCGUAGCUCUGGGCCGUGGAAGAGAUUGUAUGGAAAAUCGGAUGCGCCGUUCAGGGGCGUCGCUGCCCCCCAGUGGAGGCUUCAUCGAGCAGCCCGAUUCGCACCAGUAUCCGGCCCGUGAGAAAAAUCACUCCGUGCCAAUAGCGGUGGACGCGUGGCUGACUAGACAAGGACCCAACCACCCCCCUGUGAUACCCAAUGAGAAGCCGUAUCCCCUGACGCUCCUUGACGACGUCCCCGGCUCGCGCUGGGAGUCGCGGGCGCGGGUCAGCUUUGUUUAG